AUGACCAAGCACAAGCUCCCUGCUGUAUGGAUGCGGGCAGGAACCUCGAAGGGACUGUUCAUUAAGCGGGAGCAUCUACCUGUCGAUCAAACCAAGUGGAUAGAGCCUCUACUUGCUGCAAUGGGGGCCGACUCUCGUCAACUAAACGGCGUCGGCGGUGCCACUUCCACCACGUCCAAGGUGGCUGUCGUAGGUAAAUCAGCUAUGGAGGGCGUUGAUGUCGACUAUACCUUCGCGCAGGUAUCGGUCGGCGGUGAAAAAGUAGACUUCAGUGGGAACUGCGGGAAUAUAGCGUCUGGAGUUGGGCCUUUUGCUAUCCAGGAGGGGCUGGUCCAACAGGUAAAGAAUGGUGAGACCAAGGUUCAUGUACGCAUAUUUAACACCAACACAGAGAGAAUCAUUAUUGAAACAGUUGAGGUGGACGAUAACGGUCAUGUCCAAGAAGUUGGUAACUACGCCAUGCCUGGUCUGCAUGGCAUAACUGGGAGCGAAGUGAAAGUCGCCUUUGCGAACCCUGCCGGCAGCAUGACCGGCCAGCUAUUUCCAACCAGCAAUCCCUGGGACUAUCUCACAAUAAGCGCCACCGAAACCGGUUGCAAACCAUUCACCGUACGAGCAACCCUACUCGAUGUGGCAAACCCAUUCAUCCUAGUCGAUGCCUCGACCCUACCAUUCGAGCUCCAAGACUCAAAACGCGAUGAUGCUUUAUAUCUGUCCCUGGUAGAAUCCAUCCGCCGCGAGGGUGCCGUGCGCAUGGGCCUUGCACAUUACAUCGAGGCUGCGGCGCAAGUUCGCGGCACCCCUAAAAUUGCAUUUCUCUGGUCUGCACCGGACGACAAAGCGAACAUCAGAGUCCGUUCCUUCAGCAUGGGGAAGCCGCACCCAUCGCUACAGCUGACGGGCGCUGUGUGUCUCGGUGCGGGCAUGUGUCUCCCCGACACGGUGCCAAGCCGUCUAGCUAACCUGGCUAAGCGGAUAGGAGAUAAACAGGAGCUACCGACACCGUCAAGGACACCGAGCCCAGUUUCCCUCACAGGGAAGCAAAUGCUAAACCAUUAUGCUACGCAGACGGUGAAGAUCGAGCACCCCUCUGGUUUGAUAGAGGUUGAAGUUGUUACACAAUAUAGUUUAGGCAACGAAGGGGCGCAGAUACAGGUAGAGAGAUGUAUUGUUUCAAGGACAGCAAGGAGGUUGUUUGAGGGAAAUAUUUACUUUUACUUAUAG